AUGCAACAGUAUCUAUUCUCAAAAUUUUGUUUACCAUUACGCGAUAAUAAUGAUUAUUGUCGUUAUUUUCAAUCAAGAAUGACAGAAACUAAAUUUCGUGCAUUUGGUUUUGGAAUUCUAAUUGCAUUAUUUAUUAUUUAUUAUUUAUUGUUUCAUGAAACUCAAGUAAAACCAACAAUCAUAUUUAUGAAUAAAAAUACUUCAUCUGAACGAAAAACUUCUCAUAUGUAUUCGUUUGUAAUUAAUGGAAAAUUAGUUCCCAGUUUUAUUAGUAAGAUUUUUGACAAGGCUCAAUUGCCAGCAACAUGUUUAGUUGUAAUUCGUACAACUGAUGGAGGUAUCGGAAAUCGAAUGUUUUUAUUCGCUAGUGCUUAUGGUCUUGCUCGUCUUCAUCAAUGUGAUCUUUAUGUUGGUCCAUGGAUUGUAAAAGAUCUUCGCUCAAUAUUUACUAUUCAUUUAAAUGAAACACCUGUUCACUUAGUAACAAACGAUUCCGUUGCCAAUGAAACUGGAAUAUAUGGACGAUAUAGUGCAUGCACUUUAUUUGAUGACUUAUUAAAAGUUCCAUUAGAUCCAAACUUAACUCGAUAUGAAAUGAUUGGAUUUUAUCAAGCAUUUGGAUACUUUCUUAAGUAUAAAGAGGAAAUAUCAUAUUUAUUUCAAUUCAAUCAAUUUUCAAUUAAGAACAACGUUCCACUAGUUGAACAAUUACUGAAAGUUGUUUGGAAUAUUCCAUUAAACCUCGGCAACUAUACCAAAGACAAUGUAACUCAUCAAUAUUUGAAAUCUCUUCUAACACGUCCACCAGCUCCAUUAAUACCUGUGACAUGGAUUGGAAUCCAUAUACGGCGCGGUGAUUUUUUAACAUUUUUUAAAAUUGAUACAAGUAGUGGAUACCUAAAUUUUGCAAUGAACUAUUAUCGUCGAAAAUAUAUCAAUUGUCGUUUUUUAAUAGCUAGCGAUGAUAAAGACUAUGCAAAAACAAAUUUAGGAAAUCUUUCCGAUAUUUUUAUAACUCCUAACUCGUUCUUUUCAGGCGACGAUUUAGCUGCUCUAACCUUAUGUGAACAUACAAUCGUAACAGCAGGUAGCUAUGGUUGGUGGGCAGGAUGGUUAGCCGGUGGAAAUGUUGUUCAUGAUCUUAAUUAUCCAGUUGCAAAACAAAAGUGUUUACGAGAACAUUAUUUUCCACCUUGGUUUCUUUUUCCACACAAUAGCUCCAGUCAACAACCGCCAUCAAUGCGACCCUCAAAUCAGUAA